CUGGGGUUAGUGCUGAUCCUCAGGAGUUUGUUAGUCUGUUAGUCCUGUGUGCUUUCUCUGAGCUCUGGUGGGUGGGAAUGAGGACUCCUGACAGCCAAAGGAGUGUUGUUGAUGUGCUGUAUCGGCUCCCAUGGGACAUGGGAAAAGGUGCCCUGAGAAGAAAGCCAAGAGUUUUCCCUGCAUUCAUUGUCUGCAGGUGCCACGUGUGUUGAAGGAAGGGCUUUGAGGAAGGGGUUCCUGGAAGACCCUCCAACCUCAUUAACAGUGGCUGCUUGGUUGUCUUCUUGUGCUGACAGUUUUGCCAAGAAACAAAGGCAGUUUGAAGAGGCGCUGUAUUUUCUUGAUGAAGUUUUGGUAGGGAGAGACUUGGAGAAGUUUAUGUAGAGCUCUGUGUGGAGGAGGCUUCUUGCAGAAAGCUUAGGAGCAGUGUUUACUUCCAACUGUGUGUUUUGUGCCUGUUAAAGCAGGCAUCCUCCUCCUUUGGGCUUUGAAGGCUGUGAUGACAGGGCAGGGAACACUUGGCUUUGGAUGCAUGUUCUGCUCCAUAUGGAUAUCAAAGAGGGUCCGAGCAAGCGAUGCCUGGCUGUGGGAGCCCUGUUGUGGCAGCAAGCUCCAUAAAUAAACAGCAAGUAGGUGUGUGCUUAUGCUAGGAGUACACACAGAAAAGAAGGAGCUGUGUGUGGAGGUUUCAGUUUUUGCUGUGCAGUUGCGAGCAGAGUGGGCUGAAAGGGAACGGUUCUGCAUUCUCAGCAUCAGUGAGAGCCACAGUGAGAUCCCAGGUGUUUUUGGGUUAGUCCCUUCCCUAACAGUAGCAAGGUACCAUAGCAGGGUGCUCCUUCCUGCCCUGAAGUGGCCUCUGCUGCAUGGCUUCACACCAAUACCUUGCAUACAACCAAUAAAACAUCCUGGCCCCCUUUUUUCUCUCAGAACCAAGAGCAUCUCUCUUUAACCAGCCUUGGUCAAGAAUGAGAUGCCUGAAGACAGUAUAAAUAUUCCAAGGGUAGUCAUAAAUUCUACCUAAGAGUUACAGGCAGUAACUCUUGUUUCUGAGCAUCUUUCCCACGAGGUUUCUCCCUACAUAUUUUACAAUAAAUUAUAGUAAUAGUAUAAGGGAAACUAUGGCUUCAGGGCAGUGGCUGUGCCUGCACAAUGGUUGAACCCCGCUUUUGUCUGAGAUUGGGGCAGGGAUUUGUUUCCAUGCCUUGCAUUUUCUCAUGUGUUCUGCCUAUCCCUAUGGCAGAUAACAGUAAUUUUAAAAAAUUAAGUCCACUUUUCCUUUCCAACUUUUCAAUAAAUCAUGCCUGAAUCCUGCUUCGUUUUUAAAAGUGGAAGAAAUCAAAUAUGCACACACUGUUUAACAUACUGAGGGUGGGAGGGUGCCAAAUCUGCAGCAUUAGUGCUGAUCAGUGGCUGAAAUUAGCGUGAAAUGUAUUAACAAACAGUUUACUUGCUGCCUGUGAGAAGUGGAUUGCUGGUCCCAGGCUCUGAGAAUUAGAUGUGGGGAGCAAGAGUCACCAAUAUUUUCCUGCCUGGUAGAUGGGAGGAGUUGCCAUCCUGUUGAGUUAUCAUAUGCAUGGUGUGAAAAAGUCUGUAUAAAUCUCACCGUUGUUUUUCAGCCACGAAUUGGGUUGGGCAGUGAAUGGAGAUGCUUGGAAAUAGCACAGCUUCUGCCAGUAAGGGGCCAGUGAAAGAGAAGGAGAACAGGAGGUCCACAUGAGGGAGAAAGACAUUUUUCACUUGGGCGAUCUGAGUGAGAAGGAGAGCAAACAGAGUCAAGAAGUGUGUUGUCCAGCUCCACGUGGACAGUCUCUUGCAUCCUGCCAGGGAUGUUAAUGCUGGGGUCUGGAGAAGAUAGCAUGCUCUGUAGUGAUGCCCAUGGAGGGAGUGAGAGCAGAUCAGUACAUUCACAAUGUAUUGGUGGGCAGCCCCAAUCCCACAAUAGUAGGACAAGCUGAAACGGAGAUAAUUAGUCACCCUGAAAAUUUAGGUUUUCAAAUUUCAGCAGAAGAGGAGCAAACUCCAUGUUCUGAAGUAAAGCUUCUGGAAGUAUGGUGGAGGGGAGGAACAGUGUGUGUUCACCCCAAAACCUUGACUUCCCUUGAGCAAGUUGAAAUUCCUGGAUAGAAGAAGGAGCUACAACAUGCCCUUUCCCUGCUGAUAAUUUGGAGAAAACACAUUCUGACUUUCUCCAUCAUAGCCCAUCCUUAACAUGAUUUAACACCCCAGAGGACCACCAGUGACUAGAUCCCUGUCCAUACAGAAGUCUUAAAAUUGUUAAUAUUUGAGGCUGGGUUAUAUCAGGUUUUAGGACCAAUGCAUCCAACAGGUCCACUUCAUAUCAAAUGGGGCUUUGCAAUUCAUGGAUUAUCGAUGCAUGUGUGGCAAUGGAGACCUGAGGUUCCAGCUUGCCCUGUCAGGCUUUAUUUGCACAGCUCUAAAGAUGAAAAAAACUUUAUUCAGUUUGGCAGAAGUGCCUCUGUGGCUAGUCUAGCUCUACAGGGAGCUGAAGAAGUAAUAUGGCAGAAACCAAUUAUUUUAGUGGGACCUUUCAAGGUCUUGAAACCUGUACUGGCCCACCUGGUGUGGGGGUUGUGCAGGGAGAAGCAGUAAGAACGUGGUGUGAACAAUUACAUCAUCACUGCCAUAUGCCUCAGAUAGAGGAGGGAGCACCCAGAGCCAUCCAAAUGUGGGAAUUGCCUGGCAGUCCGCUGGAUCACGAGCCUCCCUUCUUAUAGGAAACCUACCCCUCAAGUUGAGCCCCACCUGAGAAGUUUGUGGUUCACUGAGACAUCCUCCAAAAGAGAGAGAAAUACUGAGCAGUGUUCUGCAUGUUGAUUCACAGGACAGAAUUGUGACAAGGGGAGAAGAAAGUGCUGAGAUGGCAGAAUCAGUAGCUGUGUGAUUAUUAGCAGGGUAGGUAGGUAGAUGGGUAGCAGGGUGAUUGUUAGAGGCUGACUCUAAAGAACCAGCAUUUAUUUAUACAAACCUCAGUGCUGUUUUUAAGGGAUGCACCAAUUGGCUCCCAUUUUGUGAACAAAGGAGUGGGGGAUCUUUUGAGUUGCCAGUAUGGCAGUGAGAGAAAUGGGAAGACAUUCUAAAUUUGUUAAGCAAAAGUGUUUCUUGGUGGGAUGAAAUCCUGCCCACCAGAAGAGAGAAAAUCUGACUCAUCUGUUGAAUAAUCAGGUAGGUUCAUUGACCUGUGCAGCAGAUAUGGCAGUAGAGGGAGAAGAGAAAUGGAAACAUCUGCUAGAGUGGUUACAUGCCAAGGGAGACCAUCCAGGAUUUAAGGAUCUUUUUAAGAGAGCUGUCACUUGGGAACGGUGGCCUGGCACUUGGGAACUGUGCAACACCGUCAUCUCUAUCUGUGGCCAGUGUAGUACAGGACUAGACAAACAACACCCACUGCAGGAGGCAUCCCUUCACUAAGGACAUGGAAAAGGCCUCUGGGAGACCUGGCAGGUGGACUAUAUAGGGCCUUUCCUGAAGUCAGGGUGGAAGUAUUGUCUGAGCUCACUCAAGCUGAGGCAGUACCAAGAGCAGCAGGGCACAGCACCGUAAAGGGACUGGAGCUAUGGUUUCAUUAUUUGCCAUGGUCCCAGUCCCUCCAGUCCAGCAGUAGUCACUUUACUGCCAGGGUGUCAGGACUCAUCCUCAUAGAGGUCACCAAUUGUUGGCAUCACUGCUUGGCACCAGUUUAUUGUCUUACUGUAAAACUUUCAUACCUUCUCUCUGUGAGUUCCCGGGGCAGCCCCUCACAACACUGACUCCUUUUUUCUUUUCUUCUGCACAGCCACCUGCCCCUUCCUCCUCACAGCAUAACCAACAAACUCCAGCACUCUUCUCCCUCACCUAACCUACUCCUUUAUAACACCCAUCCUUAUUGGACACAGCUGUGGCCUAUUAAGGGCAGAGCUGUUCCUACUCUUUGGUAAUUACUGCUGCAACUGCUCAGGGGUGAGAUUGCUUUAGCGCUGUCUCUAUUCUCCUACAAUCCAUCCUCCCACACCAGGGUGGUUCAAGAGUGGGCACAAGAUGAAGGAAUUCCAUGGACAUUUCACACUCCAUACUAUCCCUAGGCAAAUGAGGUUGUCGAAUGCACCCAUGGGCUCUUGAAGAGGAACCUGAAACCUCAUGAACCCGAAUGGGCAAGAGGGUAUCAAAUGGGGUACAUAGAGCUUCUGGGGAGUUAAUGGGUGCCUGUAACUCACAACCUUUUGUCUUCAUUCCCAGCCAUGCUCCCUGGAACAAAAGAAACUAAAGACCCUGCAAAUCCAUUGGUUAGGACAGCUGGUUUUGGCAGAAUUACCAAGAGUGGGAUUGGUACCCCUGACCUUAAAAAAGCCACUUAACUUGCAUGCCAGGUGGUGGAUUGUUCCCUCCUUUUAAUCAUGUUUUGUUUUUAUGCAUGUAUAUGUUUUACAGAUUAUCUGAAAUCCACUGCUGGACCUAUGCUUUCAACUCUUGAGUGGACGGAUCAUUUUGUGUAUUUUUAAAUUUGAUUUUGCUAAGCCUAUUUUGCCUUUUCACUAGCAAAAAAAUGGUGUGGGAAAAGUUUUUACUCUUAUGUUAUGGAUGUAUGAUUUUGUCUCAAGCUACUGAAAAUCAGAGUACUGAACCAAAUUUAGCUUGGGAGUUGAUACAAGGAUUUAUGCAUAUUUGGAAUCAUACAAAUCAAGGAAUAUGUAUUAACCUCCCCAACUCUGCAUCAGAGGGGUUUAGAUUUAUGAUGAUUUGGUUAAAUUUUUCAGAAAUAUUAACAAGAGAACUGGAUAAUCUUAAAAAACCAGGAGGAAAUGUUACCUGGGGGAUGGUGGAAUCCCAGUUCCUAGAUCAGAAAGAAGGACAACAGUGGGAUGCAAAUGGGACAUGGGUAGAAUACAAGAAUGCCUUUUACCAGCUCCCACGGGACUCUACCUGGAGCGAUUUAUGGAAUCAAACAUGCUAUCGGUCAUUAGACACCAACCCUUCUGAGACAUUGCAAAAUGUCACUUCUAUCCCUUGCACGGUGGUACCGUGGUGGGAUUCUCCUGCUGAGGGUGGGUUUUUUGAACAUGAGUACAAUUUACAUUGGGAUGCAGGAUGGUGUAUACAAAUCCCUGAUAACCCAGGAACCGCGCAGCAAGUUAACCGAACAAAUUACGAGUGGGCCUGGUCUCUGAAACAAAUCUUUGAUCCUAUAUCUACACUACAAUGGGCUUCCAGGGUCCCCACAGGGAAAAUAGUAGAAUGGGAAGUGGAGAAAUCAGACUGUAAGGAUUAUCAGACCACACUACCUAAUGGAGAGAGCAUCUGCUGGAAAGUGAGGAACCGUAGAAGUCUUACCCAAAGUAAAUCAGAGACCUCCUUUCUGAAUUGUUCCCGUAUAUUAGAUUGUACCACAGGAGCAGGUGAGCCUAUAGAAACCUGGUACAUCUCGGAGCUGAGAACUUUUAUCCGGGACAUGUGUACCUGUUGGGAUUAUCCCAACUAUGGCUAUCUAAACCAAGACACCCGAUGCAAUGGGUCUUAUGAAAAUUCAGAGACAGCACUAUCCUGUGGCAUUCCCAUUACACACGGCCCUGAACAGAGAAGGGUCUGGAAUUCAAGGAGUGAAGCACAGGAAGUUCCCCAAGGUGACCUGUAUCAGUGUUCACAAGCCAAAUAUCCAGCUCCACGGGGAACGGUAUGGGCAUGUUCAGAUGGGAAAAUGUAUUCCCACUUGAACAUGUAUGAUAUGGCUGGACUGCAGUGUACUGUUGGGUUUCCUACCAUGUGUCCAUCUAAAACGUUCAAUUAUACGCUUUAUCGUAACAACAAAGUGCGGAGAGAAAUCCACAAUCCAACAGAUGCAAAAGGCUGGAUUCAGGGGAUUCAAGUCCCUGACUAUUACACCUGGGGACAAAAUGUUGCUUUAGACUUAGAAUCAUUUUUUGUGUCCAGUGGAGUUGACCAGCAGCACAAGUAUGUCUUGGAGAACUUAACUAGGCAAGUCCAUGUGUUAAGCAACUGGACCGGACGCUCCCUCAGGGAACCGAAGGUGCAGGCCCCGCAGGCAUCGGAAAUGGCUCUGCAGAAGCGAUUAGCCAUAGAUACGUGGUUGCUGAAAGAGAAUGGAGUGUGUGGGAUGCUAAACCUGACGGAUGGAGAAUGCUGUGUCACUGUCCAUAAUGCCAGCACCACCAUAGAAGAGGCACGUCAGAAGAUGAAGGAGAUUGCUGAGCAAACGGGAGAACUGUUUCAAGCAAUGCAGCCCAAGGACUAGUUUGAUGGACUGAGCCUGGAUUGUGGAUCACAUGUACUAAAGUGCCUUGGAUUUAUGGGAUGGGGAAGGUGGCUUGUGUGCACUGACCUUAUCAUACUGUGUGGAUUCUUGGGUUUGAUGAUAGGGCAGGAAGUCAUGUCAAACUGAGAUGAGUUCAUUAUGGUUAUAGAGGAAAGGGAUAGAGUUUCUAGCACUGUAUAAUUCCAUACCGUUCUUGUCAUGGCAAGAAUGUGGUUGGAGCCAGAGGGAGUCAGGGGAUGGAAGUGGAAGGGUGGCCUUCUUUUGCUAUGCUUGGGGAUUUGGCUUUUCUGGUUUGGUGCUCAAAGACAGUGCUGGUGAGCCCAAGAGCUGGGGAGGUGCUCCAAGAAAAAGAAAGGAGAGAAAGCAGCAGCAGGGCAGGGCCCAGCUGAGCCAUGUGGAGCCCAGGCUGCAGCUGCUGUGACUGCAGCCCCUGGAGCAGCUGCUGGAACUGCCAGGCUCUCCAGUCCCACUCCCACAAAGUCAGGCCGAGAAGGAGGGUCCUCUCACCUGCUUCAGAGCCCUGUCAGGUCCCACCAGGUUUUGCCUUGUCCCUGUUCUUCCAUUGUUUUCAGUCUGAGUGGGAAAAGUUAAAUUGAAAGCCUUUCCAACAUUCUGCUUUUGUUUUUGCAUAUACUCCAUGCUGCCCAGCACAGGGCCAGCCAUCAUUUUGCCUUUUUCUUGGAAAACCACACUGGAUGUGGUCUUUGGGAAGUAUUUUUGUUUGUUCAGUAGUGAAUAUCCUUUUGUCUCUCUUUUGUACACUCUUUUAUUAUCUCUCUUUUGUACACUCUUUUAUUGAUAUUGUUGUGCUUAUUGCAAUUUUUCAGUAAAUUGUGAUUCCAAUUUAUAAUCUAUCCUGUGUUUCCUCCACUGCUGGAAAGGGGCAGGGGAAAGGGAUCAGCUCAAGUAGGUUUAAUAUUCUAUUCCCACUGGGUUUUAAAUCAGCACGGAGCUAUAAGGAGAUAGUUGGGAUUUGUGAAAAGACUCGUGAGCUCAUAAAAUAAUAAAAAAAAAUCUCAUAAAAAGUCUCAUAAAAUAGCUCUCAUUGAGUGAAGAAUAUUUGGGUUCACCACCAAAGACUCCAAGACAUGCACUGCUGGGAAUUCCAUUGCUAGAAUUGCUUAGGAAAUCCAUGCAAGCAUGUUGGUACUUAUAAUUUUAUAAGAUAAAUAUGAA